CGCUUGAAGAAUACAAGAUGUAAUUUUCUUUCAGAUCCUAAAACCAGGGUGAAUUUAAAAAGAAAAGUCAGCCAAGUUCAUUCAGAAUAUAUCAACGCUAAUUUUAUAACUGGCUACCCAGAGGAGAAUAAAGCGUUCAUCGCCACACAAGCACCACUUCCGAACACUAGAGACGAUUUCUGGAGAAUGGUUUGGGAACAACAAUCACGAGUUAUCGUCAUGCUGAACGCAAUGGAUGAACCUGGAAAAUCUAAAUGUGACGAUUAUUGGCCAGACAGCCCCGAUAAUAUUGUGAAAUAUGGAGAUUUUACCAUGGUAUUAAAGAAAAAAGACGUUACCCAGGAAUAUAUUUUAUCUACUCUAGAACUUAAGGAUAUUGAGAAUAAUUUAAUACGAGAGAUAAAACAUGUCUGGUAUACAAGCUGGUCAAAUAAAACCCUUCCUGAUCCUGUUUCAUUGGUAAAAUUUGUGAUAGAAAUACGACGAUUGUCCGAGGAUAGCGGCGGUCCACUUGUAGUACAUUGUAGACCAGGGACAGGAAGAACUGGUACCAUGCUAUCCGUAGACAUCUGUACCAGACAGUAUGAUGCCGAGAAGUUGGUAGAUGUUUUAAAAUGUGUCAGCAAGAUGAGGAAAGAACGAGCGGGAGUUGUUCAAACCAAAGAGCAAUAUGCUUUGAUAUAUCAGGUGCGUAGGCAAUACGUUUCUCUUCCCGUUUGA